UCCUCUCUCUUUCCCCAUCUCUCUUCUCUCUCUCUCUCUCUCUCUCUCUCCCCUCACUCGUCACUACCACAUCACCAUUAACUCCGAUGACACUGAAACUAUAAUAUUGCGUAAUUUAAGGUGGCAUUUAAGGACUCUGUCUCAGUCGUCUCUCUGAUAGCUGACAGUUGCAGCACUCACUCAUCCCGCCCUUCCUUUCCCACGCCUUCUUUUUCCUCUCCAAAUUCCAUCCGUCCGGCGCCGGGAGACGCGAAACGACCUCGCUUCGCAACAGCAUUCCGUUUCCAUUCUCCUCUCUCUGGGAAUUACGAAGACCAAGUGCGCGCGGCGCAAUCGCAAUGCUGACGUGCAUAGCUCGUCCGAAGAAACUCGGCGACGACUCACUGAGUCAGCCCGAGAUGUCCGACUCCACCAACACUCCGGCUUCCUCCAGUCACAAGCAGCAAGCCGCCAUUAAGUCGCUCACGUUUCAGCUCAAGGACAUGGCAUUGAAGGCGUCGGGAGCCUACAGGCACUGCGCCCCUUGCGUGGGGCCGGUGACGGCGAAUCAGAGUCGGCUCAAGGGGAACGGCGAGUCGGACGCCGACUCGGACCGGUUCAGGUGGUCGUACAGGCGGACCGGGAGCUCGAGCUCGACGACACCGAGGACUUGGGGAAAGGAGAUGGAGGCGAGGCUGAAAGGGAUCUCCAGCGGCGAGGGGACGCCUAACUCGGCCAGCGGGCGGCGAGUCGACCCAGUCGUGUUCGUGGAAGAGCGCGAGCCCAAGGAAUGGGUGGCCCAGGUGGAGCCCGGAGUUCUCAUCACGUUCGUCUCCCUGCCACGUGGCGGGAACGAUCUUAAGAGCAUUCGGUUCAGUCGAGAGAUUUUCAACAAAUGGCAAGCUCAGAGGUGGUGGGCUGACAACUAUGAUAGGGUCAUGGAACUUUACAAUGUUCAAAGGUUUAACCGGAAUGCUUUCCCGCUUCCAACCCCGGCUAGAUCAGAAGAUGAGAGUUCAAAGAUGGAAUCUGCUGAAGCCAGCCCUGUAACUCCACCACUAACCAGAGAACGCUUACCUCGCAACCUGUAUCGUCCCACAGGGAUGGCUAUGAGCUACUCAUCAUCAGAUUCACUUGAUCAUCACCCAAUGCAGUCCCGCCAUUACUGCGAUUCAGGCGGUGUCAAUUCCACCCCAAAACUCUCCAGCAUAAGCGGGACCAAGACAGAGACAUCAUCCAUGGAUGCUUCUAUCAGAAGUAGUUCAUCAAGGGAGGCAGAUCGCUCAGGGGAGCUAUCGAUCAGCAAUGCCAGCGAUAUGGAGACUGAAUGGGUUGAACAGGAUGAGCCAGGGGUUUACAUCACUAUCAGAGCAUUACCAGGGGGUAAACGGGAGCUUAGACGGGUCAGAUUCAGCCGAGAGAAAUUUGGGGAGAUGCAUGCCAGAUUGUGGUGGGAAGAGAAUCGGGCAAGGAUACACGAACAAUACUUGUGAUUGAGAAAAUCGGGUGGCUUCCAGAAAACUUGAGGAGGUGUUGCUUUCGUGGAUUGGUUUUCUUUUUUGGUUUUUCCAUACCGGUAAAGCCUUGUCUAUAGAGAUAUCUAAAUGGGUGCCAUUGGCAACUCAUGACGUUCGGAGGGAUGAAUAUCAAGCUUCCCCAGUUCAUGAUCCAAAAUAUUCGUACGGGAUUGGUUUUGGGGGGAGGGGGGGGGGGUUGGGUCAUAGUCUUAAUUUUGUUAAUUUUUCUGUUUAUUGGUGGAUGAAGAGCAUCAGUUGUAUCCGAAUUUCGGUUCAGGAGUUAAAAACAUGUGUAUGUCAAUACCAAAUCAAGGAUAUGUUCUCUUCUCUCGUUC